AUGCGCUCCCGCCGCCGUGGGGGCGCCGGGCGGCCCCCCUGGCCCGUGUCCAGGAUGCUGGCGUUGUGCCUGCUGUCCCUGGCCUGGCUCAGCGAGGGCUCCCAGCGCAGCGAGCCCAUGUUUGCAGCCGUCACCCACCGCCUUCUCCCGCCUGACUACGACAGCAAUCCCACACAGCUCAACUAUGGCGUGGCUGUCACCGACCUGGAUGCCGAUGGUGACUUCGAGAUUGUGGUGGCAGGGUACAAUGGCCCCAACCUGGUGCUCAAGUAUGACAAGGCACAGGGGCGGCUGGUGAACGUGGCAGAGGAUGAGAGGGGCUCCCCGUACUACGCACUGCGGGACCGGCAGGGCAACGCCAUCGGUGUGACAGCCUGUGACAUCGACGGCGAUGGCCGUGAGGAGAUCUACUUCCUCAACACCAACAACGCUUUCUCUGGCAUGGCCACCUACACAGACAAGCUCUUCAAGCUCCGCAAUGGGCGCUGGGAGGACAUCUUGAGUGACGAGGUGAACCGGGACGUGGCCAGCCGCUUUGCCGGGCGUUCCGUUGCCUGCGUGGACCGGACGGGUUCCGGCAGGUAUUCCAUCUACAUCGCCAACUAUGCCAGCGGCAACGUGGGCCCCCAUGCCCUGAUUGAGAUGGAUGUGGCUGCCAGUGACCCUGCCCGUGGUGUCGUGGUGCUGGUGGAUGUGGCCGCCCAGGCUGGCGUCAGCAAGUACACAGGGGGCCGUGGGGUGGCCGUGGGCCCCAUCUUGAGUGACAGUGCCUCUGACAUAUUCUGCGGUAAUGAGAACAGCCCAAAUUUCCUCUUCCACAACCGGGGAGACGGGACGUACAGGGACGUGGCAGCUGCUGUGGGGCUGGAUGACCCCUACCAGCACGGACGCGGUGUGGCGCUGGCUGACUUCAACCGCGACGGGCGAGUGGACAUCGUCUAUGGCAACUGGAACGGGCCGCACCGCCUCUACCUGCAGAGCGGAGCUCCUGGGCGUGUGCGAUUCCGGGACAUCGCCACCCCCAAGUUCUCCAUGCCGUCCCCCGUCCGCACCGUCAUCGCAGCCGACUUCGACAACGACCAGGAGCUGGAGGUUUUCUUCAACAACAUCGCUUACCGCGGUUCCUCCGCCAAUCGCCUCUUCCGGCUCAUCCGCAGAGAACACUCAGACCCCAUUGUGGAAGAGCUGAAUCCAGGGGAUGCACUGGAGCCCGAGGGACGGGGCACAGGAGGUGCAGUGACAGAUUUUGAUGGUGAUGGGAUGCUGGACCUCAUCCUAUCCCAUGGCGAGUCCAUGGCACAGCCAAUCUCCAUCUUCAAGGGCACCCAGGGCACCAACAACAACUGGCUGCGUGUCAUCCCCCGUACCCGCUUCGGGGCCUUUGCACGGGGGGCCAAGGUUGUGCUGUUCACCCGGCGCAGCGGGGCCCACCUGCGCAUCAUCGACGGUGGCUCCGGCUAUCUCUGCGAGAUGGAGCCUGUGGCACACUUCGGACUGGGGCAUGACAAAGCCAGCAGCCUGGAGGUGACUUGGCCAGAUGGCCGUGUGGUGUCACGAGCUGUGGCGAGCAGUGAGACCAACUCUGUCCUGGAGAUCCCCUACCCUCUGGAUGUGGAGGAGCCACUCAUGCCUGCCCCGCUGGAGUGCGGGCAGGGAUUCUCCCAGCACGAGAAUGGACGCUGUGUAGACACAAACGAGUGCACUGAGUUCCCCUUCAUCUGUCCCCGGGACAAGCCCAUGUGCAUCAACACCUAUGGCGGGUACCGCUGUCGCAGCAACAAGCGCUGCAGCCGGGGCUUUGAGCCAAACGAGGAUGGCACAGCUUGCGUGGACAUCGACGAGUGUGCUCAGGGCUUGCACAACUGCAGCCAGCUCUGCACCAACACCCCUGGGGCACACACCUGCCUCUGCCGCCCAGGCUUUCGUCCCCUUGAUCCGGCUGCCAGCCGGUGCCUGGACAUAGAUGAAUGCCAGGCACAGCCUGGCCCCUGCGACCAUAUCUGCCACAACAGCCCUGGCUCCUUCCACUGCCACUGUCACCACGGCUUCUCCCUGGGUGCUGGUGGACGCUGUCAGCACAAUUAGCCUUCUCUGGCACAGCAAGGUGUUCCCUGCUACCCCCCAGCACUGUGCUGGUACCAACUGAAUAAACCCUUUCCUGCACUGUA